AAAUUCAAUACUAAAAAACAGGCAAUGGGGAGAAGGAAGGAAGCAACGGUAAGCGUUAAGACCAAGUAAACGACCCUUCCGCGACCGGAGCGAUUGAGAGAAGAAGGAACCUCAGAAUUACAAAUAUAUUAUAUCAACUCAUUCAUGGCGACUCAGUCAGCACUGUCGUCCACCAAUCCAAUCGCCUUCGUCCGGCCAUGUUAAUUUGGGAAUGCACAAAUCGGAAGCCCUUUUUGCUUCACACCCAAAACCUUCUGCGUCUCUGAUCCAUGCAGAUGGCUUCGAUGUUGACGCCCACUCAGCGGUAUGCCUCCGGAGCAUUGUUUGCACUUGCUCUUCAUCAGGCUCAGAUCCACCAGACGCUUCCUCUAGGGCUUCCCGGUGAGGAGCCUCAGACGGAGGACCGAAUCAGUUGUAGUAGCGGUAGCAGCAGUGAUUCCGUCGCCGAGGACCCCGAGCUUUGGGUCCACGAAUCCACGGGCCUGCUUCGUCCUGUAUUCAGGUUUUUAGAGAUCGACUCUGCAGCUUGGUCUGGAAUUGAGGAAACUGCAGGAUCCGGUACAGCUAAGCAUCAUAUUGGAGCAUUCUUGCGGUUGCUAUCUGAGGACAAUGAAAACUCUUCCCAGAUGAUAGACCAGGAACUUGCUCUGUCAAAAUCUGUUGAUAGUAUAGCAGAUAAUAUGGAAAAGGAUUUUGUAUCUUCUCAGUCUAAGAAGGAAAAAUAUCAUGAAUAUGAAUAUGUAUGUCGAGAGAAGUGUUUGUCUGCCGAGGCAAAAUCAAACUUUGAAGCAACUGACAAGCAAGCAGAAAUUACUGAUGCUAACCCAGUGGUUGUUAAACAGCCAAGUGUUGGUGCAUGGACUGAUACUAUUGUGCAACCUAUUGAUGAGGAAAAAAUGCUUAGCUAUCAUAGAAAAGUGGUUGUUCUCUAUGAGCUUCUAUCUGCUUGUUUGGCAGAUAUAAGUGAAAAUGACAAGAAACACUCCCGCCAAAGAAAGGGUUAUGACGCCCGGCAUCGCGUGGCUUUGCGGUUAUUAUCAACCUGGAUUGAUGUCAAGUGGAUAAAAAUGGAAGCGAUUGAGACAAUGGUUGCUUGCUCAGCCAUGGCUCUAGCUAAAAGUGUGGAAGAAAAUGAUGAAGAAAGCCCUUCAAAGAAGACUAACUGGGCUAAAUGGAAACGUGGUGGUAUUAUUGGUGCAGCUGCAUUAACUGGAGGGACCUUGAUGGCAAUUACAGGAGGAUUAGCUGCUCCAGCAAUUGCCGCAGGCUUUAGUGCUUUAGCUCCGACAUUGGGUACCAUCAUCCCUGUCAUUGGCGCAAGUGGGUUUGCUGCAGCUGCCAGUGCUGCAGGAUCUGUUGCUGGUUCUGUGGCUGUUGCUGCAUCUUUUGGAGCUGCUGGAGCAGGACUUACAGGAAGCAAAAUGGCUAGGAGAAUUGGGAGCGUUGAUGAGUUUGAAUUUAAAUCAAUUGGAGAAAAUCAUAACCAAGGCAGAUUAGCAGUUGAGAUAGCGGUGUCAGGUUUUGCUUUUGAUGAGGAAGAUUUCGUACGGCCGUGGGAAGGACUAAAUGACAACUUAGAAAGGUAUGCACUGCAGUGGGAAUCUAAACAUAUAAUUGCAGUAAGCACUGCAAUUCAGGAUUGGCUUACUUCAAGACUUGCAAUGGAGUUGAUGAAGCGAGGUGCAAUGAUGACUGUUCUAAGCUCUCUUUUAGCAGCACUAGCUUGGCCAGCUACCUUACUUGCAGCUACUGACUUCAUAGACAGCACGUGGACAAUUGCCGUGGACAGAUCAGACAAAGCUGGUAGAAUGCUCGCUGAUGUGUUGUGUAAAGGUUUACAAGGGAACAGGCCUGUGACACUUGUGGGGCACUCACUUGGUGCACGUGUAAUAUUCAAGUGUCUCCAAUAUUUGGCUGAGACUGAAAAAAAUGCUGAGCUUGUGGAAAGAGUUGUUCUUCUUGGAGCACCCAUAUCAAUUAAAGAUCAGAAUUGGGAAGCUGCCAGAAAGAUGGUUGCUGGAAGGUUUGUGAAUGUGUACUCCGCAAAUGAUUGGAUGCUUGGAAUUGCUUUCCGUGCCAGUCUACUUACUCAAGGGUUGGCUGGAAUUCAACCUAUCGAUGUCCCUGGCAUCGAGAAUGUUGAUGUAACAGGUGUGAUAGAAGGCCACUCCUCCUAUCUAUGGGCUACUAGGCAAAUCUUGGAGCAGCUUGAACUGGAAACUUAUUAUCCAGUUUUUAGAAGCAGUUUUAGCAAGCAAUAGGAGGAGAUAAUAUCCAUAUUCUGUUCUGCAUCUGAUGCUUUGCAGGAUUCUCCGUGUUGGUCGAUCUGUGUGCGCGGUGGUCGUAGCGGCAACGGCCAAGGUCCGUGUUGAGUUUGGCAGGUUGACGCAAAGUCAUGUGCAUGAGAGAAAGAACAAGAUUGCUAUUUGAUAUAUGAAUGAUGAAGAAGAAUGUAAGUCAUGUAACCAUUGUUGUAUUGGGAGCCAAAGUUGCCCACUUUUUGUUAUCAUUGAACCUGAGGGAAACUUCUAUGGUUCAGGGCUCAAAUUUUCCCUUUGUGGAACUGUUGGAAAAAGGAUGUAAUGUGUACUAUUCUAUGUAAAAUACAUUGAAGGAAACUUUUAUGAGAAAUCACUCUUCGGAAGUGACUCUUUUUUUUUUU